GAAACAGGCGAGUAGCAGCUGCUGCGACAGAGGUGUUUUACGACAGCGAGAGCGGUUUGCGGCAGCAGCAUGGCAGCGCACGGCCUGAGUUUUGAGAGCUCAAACAGCAUUAAAUGUAGAAAAGAGGCCCGAAGGGAAGACAGAGAGCGCGUUUUACAACAGGCUAAAGAGAAGUAUGAGAACGAGGAGAGGAGGAAGGCCGAGAGGAAGGCCAGGGGUGAGGACACAUGGAUGCUUCCGGACGUUGACCUGCGACUGCAGCAGAUAGGCCAGGAGAAUACAGUAAAAAACAAGAAAAAGAAAAAAGAGAAGAAAGCAAAGAAGAGCAAGAAAGAGAAGAAGAAAGCCAAGAAAGAGAAAAAAGACGAGGGAGAUGCAUCUUGUGACAACUCUGAAGACUCAGAGGACGAGUGGGUGGAGGCCCAGCCUCUGUCAGGGGGCGGAGACAAGGCCUGGAAGGCGGAGCAUGUGACCACACCCACUGCUAGCUCAGCCAGUACUAACCAAAGAGACGAAUGGAUGACCUUUGACUUCCUGGCGAUGAAGACGACCUCCCUUGCGGAGAGACGAGCGCAGAAAGAAGCAGAGAAAGAGGCGGAGAGGCAGAAAGCGCAGUCUAUCAAAGAGGCUGGUCUUCACAGGUUAGAGUUGAACCCUUACUGGAAGGAUGGAGGAAGUGGUCUGCCUCCGGAGGACACCUCCGGUAAUAAAGCUGGAGUGGUGAAUGAUGGAGGGGUGAGCUGGCUCAGGAAGUCAUAUCAGAGGAUCCCAUCCAUGGAAGAGUUCCAGAAGAGACUGCGAGAGGCGGAAGAGGCUGCGUAUGGAGAGAGGAGUGAGAGGAGAGGAGACCGAGAGAGAUGGAGGAGAGACGACAGAGAAGAAGGGAGGGAGAGAUGGAGAAGAGGAGACCGGGAGGAGAGGCGGAGAGACAGAUCUCCACACGCUGAGAGAGAGAGAGAGCGAGACUUUGAGAGAGGCUCUCGAGGCCGCGAUGAACGCCAUCCGAGAUCCCGGCCGGAUCCAGACGAGGAUCGGCAGUCCCAGAGACACAGCACUUCCUCUCUGUCCAGCCUCAAGUUCUUCAAACCCUCAGAUGCUGAUGAGGAUAUGAGCGGAGGGGCGGGGUUCAGGAGGGCGGGGCCAAAAGCCUCUACGUCCAAUCAGAGUGCAGGAUUCAAGAAACCUGUUGAUGAUGAUGAUGGUGUUGUUGUAGCUGCCUGGAGGAAGAGCAGUGCUGUGCAGGAUUCAAAGGAGAUGCCAACCCCACAGAAACACACAGAGAAGAGCGCCGCCCUGCUGGAAGAGAGCAAAACAACAACAAGAGUGAGCAGUUCAGAGAGUGAGGAAGAGGAGGAGGAAGAGGUGAUCCUGACAGAUGAAGAGAUGAAUAAACUGGGAGCCAAACUCGUCAAGGCAGAACUCAUGGGAAACACGGCGCUGGUGGAAAAGCUAAAGGCUCAGAUGGAAGCCGCCCGUCGAGCCAAAGACAACCGAGCUCAAAGAAAAGACCAGAACAAACAGGUUUCUGCACCAACAGACUCAGAAAAGGAAGUGAUUCUGUUCAGGACCGACCCAUGGGGACGAGCCUGGCCAGUCAAAGCCCCGUCCCAAACACAGGAGCCCAGAGGAGGGAGGAGGAAGCAGAAAGCGAUCGAGACGCACCAGGACGGGGAGCGUGUGUGCUAUUUUGAGGAUGAUGAUGGUAUGAAUCUGCAAGAGAUGGUCAGACGGGAGAAGAUGAGCUCUGCUGAGGAUCAGAACGCUCUUUACUCACGCAUGGCCGCCAAGAUGAUGGGGAGGACAGAUGGCGAUAACUACACACUGGAUGACAUGUUUGUGUCCAGCGCCGCCCAGAAAGAGAGAUCGGGCCGAGACGAAGAGCGGCAGAGGAACAAAGCAGUGCAGGAAACACGGCGGUUAGCCGGACAGAUGGAGAAAUGCAGACACUGUUUCGACAGCCCUGAACUGCCCAAACAUCUCAUCGUCGCCGUCGGAAACAAGGUGUACUUGUGUCUGCCGAACAGCGUGUCUCUGACCGAAGGUCACUGUUUGAUCGUCCCCAUCCAGCAUCACACAGCGGCCACGGGUCUGGACGAGGACAUCUGGAGCGAAAUACAGAUGUUCAGACGCGCUUUGGUCCGCAUGUUCGAGUCUCAGGAGUUGGACUGUGUGUUUUUGGAGACUCAUAUGAAUCCGAAGAGACAGUUGCACAUGAUGUACGAGUGUGUGCCGCUGCCCAGAGAGCUUGGAGACAUGGCACCCAUUUACUUUAAGAAAGCCAUAAUGGAGUCGGAUGAGGAAUGGGCCAUGAAUAAGAAAGUUGUGGAUCUCUCAUCCAAAGACAUCAGACAAGCUGUUCCGCGCGGGUUGCCGUACUUCUCUGUGGAUUUCGGGUUGCAGGGCGGCUUUGCGCACGUCAUUGAGAAUGAGCGGAAGUUCCCACACUAUUUCGGCAAAGAAAUCCUGGGCGGGAUGCUGGACCUGGAACCGAGACGAUGGCGGAAACCGAUACGUGAGAAUUUCGACGACCAGCGUAAGAAGGUUCUGAAGUUCGCUCAGUGGUGGAAAGCAUUUGACUGCACUAAGACCGACAGCUAGACACUCAGAGACAGUGUGCUUUCUGAACUCUAUAAAGACUUUUUCAUGCCUGAAUUUUUAUUUUUGAGCGCUUGUCAUGUGUAGUAAAAUGUCUAGAACAUUGUAAAAUCUUAAACAGGUAUGUUUUAUCUGGUCUGAAGAUUUUUGUGGGACCCUUUUCGUUUUUUCAAAUGUAGGUAAAUGUUUUUUUUUUUUUUUUUAUUAAAUAUCAACCCAGUAAAUUUUGGGUUUCCUCCUUAAUCUAAUUUUUUAUGAAUCGUGUGUGUCUUCUAUUGUCAUGUGUAAAGUUCAGUCCAGUUUUACCUGCUCUUGUCCAGUGUUGUAAAUCAUGUUUGCCUGAGCAAUUAAACUCAGAAUAAAAUAUUACAAGACCUCCAGCUGCUUGUGUUUGUGUGCU